UGGGUGGAUCAACAACUCUUUGACGACUCCAGUCUUGGCUACAGUCGCUCGGUCCACUACCUCCUCCUAUACAUGGAGUUCGUUGGCAAAACGGUUUGCCUCUCAAUCCCAGAACCGCAUCCUGCAACUCCGCGGAGAGCUACUUAGGACCAUGAGGGGAAGUCCCAUCAGUGACAAUGAUCUCGUAUCCAUCAUCAUGAACAAUGUUGGACCACUCUAUGAGAAUACAGUAAGCUCUGCUCAAGCAAGAGACACUCCCAUCACAUAUGAGUCUCUGGAAGCCCUUCUUCUUUCAGCUGAGAGGCGCAUCAAAGAUCAGCAGCAAGCUGCCCUGGAUGUCUCUUCCUUAACCACUGCAUUUCAUGCUGCACAAAUCAGUCCUCGAGGAGGUCGAGGACUCGAUCGCGGUCCUCCAAAUUACUACACUGCUAGAAACCCUACUUCCAACUUUGGUCGAGGUUUUCCUCUCAAUAGAGGGCGAGGUGCUUCUGUUCUUGGACCUCAUCCAUCCUCCAGUUCCUUGUUCAACAAUUAAGCUCGUCCUACAUGUCAGAUUUGCAGCAAGAGUGGUCACACUGCCCUAGACUGCUACAAUCGUUUGAACCUGUCUUUUCAAGGAAGGGUGCCCUCUAGGAACCUUA